GUCACCGGAAGAGCCGCUCUGUGUGUUUUGUGUUCCUCAACAGCAGUGCGAAACUUCUCCAUUUCUGUCGGUUUUUAAUGUUUAUUUGCCGUAAUUUUGUGUUUUUGUCGUAACGGAUGUCGCGCUGAUGUGAUAUAGAUGUGUUUCUCGUGUGAGGUUUGGAUUAUUCCCGGGUGUUUUCUUCUUUGUGACGAUGUGGUGAUGAUCAGAUGAUGGCGCCUUCUAAGAUGAAGCUGCGUGUGAGGAAGAGAGACAGCGCUAGCAGAUCUUCUCAGCGUUUAUUAGCCAACGCUUCGCCUGAUUCCAAAUGCCCCAUCUGCCUCGACGGCUUCAAAAACGUGGCGUCGCUGGACCGCUGCCUGCAUCAGUUCUGUUUCCGCUGCAUCCACGAGUGGUCCAAGAACAAAGCCGAGUGUCCGCUCUGUAAGCAGCCCUUCCACUCCAUAUUCCACUCCGUCAAAGGGGAAAACGACUUUAAGGAGUUCGUGCUGCGUCCGCCGGAGAACGGAGCGCCUGUGAACGCCGAUCCGCCGGAGCGUGUGCUCCGCCCCCGAGUUCUCCGAGGCCGUGAGAGGCGGAGCCACAGAGCGCAAAACCCCGCCCCUUCCUCAUCCCCUCCGUUAGAGGAUGACGUUAUGUUCGAUGGGCUGACCGACGCAGCGGCGCUCGCGGGGAACCAAGACGUACAGCAGAUGGUGCUGCGGUUAACAGCGCGCAGACAUGGGCGUGGCGAGGGGCGGAGCUUGCGGCGUUUGCGCGACCAAGAUGUUGUGGCAUUCCGACGUGCGCUUUAUAGGACUGGCGUGCGAGUGCGCAACUCGAGGGACGCCGGCAGGCAGAGGGACAUUUCGGCUACAUUCUUGCGACAAAAUCCCGGCUGUUUGCGACGACUGUUGCCUUGGCUGCAGCGCGAGCUCACCGUUUUGUACGGUUCGCACGGCUCGCUGGUGAACAUCGUGCAGAACAUCAUCAUCUCGCGCAUCAUGAACUACAACAUGGAGGACUCGGCCAUCCGAGACGAGCUCCGCCCCUUCCUGCUGGCGCGCACCGACCACUUCCUGCACGAGCUGGUGAGCUUCGCCCGCUCCACCCUCAACAUGGAGGCGUACGACCAGCAGGCCGUCUACGACUGUCCCGCUCCCAGCUACGAGGAGGGCAGCAGCUCGGACCUUUCUGUUAUCGCCAUCUCCGAGGAUGACGAUGAUAACGACAGUGAGGACAAUGUCACGGAGAAUCCCUCUGCCGUCCAGGAACGCCUUGCAUCCGUUGCCACAGCAAGUGGAGCAGAAAGUUUGCCAAGUCAGUCGGCGUGGGAUGAUGAGACGCCUGGUCCCUCCUAUUCAACCCUCCUCCCCUCUUCCAGCCUAUCACAGGAUGAGGGGGCGGAGCCAAUCACAAGCACAGCCCCUCCCCUCAGUGCCCUGGAUAUGACUGACCCUGUGACGAGUGGCAGAGUGUCAGCUGGACCGGGUGAAGAUGACAUAGAGGAAGAGUGCUUGAUUGUGGGAUACGUGAAACCAAUGGCCGAACGGACUCCAGAACUUGUUCAGCUCUCCUCAGACUCGUCUGAAGAAGAGCAAGAGCCAGCCACCACUGAGACAAUGGCAUCAGUUAUGAAAUCAGAGGCAUCCCAAAUGCAGCUCCCGUUACAGUCCCACAUGAACCCAAUUAGCCCUAGCUCCUCCCCAAGCCCUGCUCCCUUGUGCAGUCCACAGCAUUUACUCUCAGAUGGAGUCGGGUCACACAGCAUAGAACGAGAGACUGACUACUUGUCCUCCCGCGGUCACCGGUCCAAAGAUGGUUCACAUUCACAGCAGAGUCAAGAUGACUUCAGAUUCAGAGGUCACAAGAGGCACAGAAGCCAUCGGCGCUCUGGCAGCAAAGAGAGGGAUAAGAGUUUAGAACAACCUCGGGGCAUCAAGACCCCAGAUUGCUCGCCAAGCCAAACACGGAGCUGGACACAAAGCCCGGAAGUGUCCGUGUGGAGCUGUAGCCCUGUCUCUAAGUCACACAGUAGCGACUGCUCUCCUUCUCGAAAUAAGAGCGGAGAGCAUUCGUGCCAUACAAGAGAGAGAUUCUCACACUCUCCUUCCAACUCCAGAAGGAAGAGAACCAAGGAAAAGAGGAGUAGGUCACCCGACUUGGACUGGUUCCCAGGACUCGAUGGUUCCCACCGUAUCUGUGAGGCAAAGCGUUGUCGUAAACGCCGUAAGCGUUCAGUCAGUAGCAGCAGUGCUGAUUCGCACUCCGAAAGAUCCUGUCUGGAUAAACCCAGUGGCAAACGCAAGUACAAAACCCGGCACUUGGAGCGAGCAGCCCAGCGGCAGCACAAGGAAGGAACCUCAAGCAAAGAAAAGCGACACAGAGAGCGCCGACGAAGCAGGGAACGAUCUCCAAGUGUGGAGAUCAUCUAUGAACGAGGGCCGCCUGACCCUUACUGUGUCCAGCGGAGGAAGAAGAAGCACCGGAAGCGAAGAAAGGAGCUGCGUUCUCCCACUGUGAUCACGAUCGAUAGCGACAGCGACCGGACCAUCGACUGUCUGGACCGCGUCAUGGACGUUACAGACCAAACCGCAGCUGAUGUCGAACAGAGGGAUGAGACUCCUGAGCAAGAUCCCAUCCAGAACGCAAGUUUUACCUUGGACUCUUCAAAUCCUCAAUCCGAGCCUUCGAGUCCCAUGAGCCGAGGCGACCCCACCGAUGAACCCACACUCAACCUGGAUGACUGCGUGGUGGAUGUAGUCGACCACAGUAGCUCCGACUGCUCCCAAAAUAUGGGUUCCAGUAACCACGGAGGGUUUAUACCCGACCCUUUCCCAGUGGAUUCAACAAUGAUGGCCCCACCUUCGGAUGUGAGGCUGCUGGAAACCAUACUGAAAGAUCUUGUGGAUAUCCUACCGGAAACAGAGCAGGAAAUAGAGCCGAGAUCUCCCGGCCAACAAGAACACGCUUUUAGCCAACGAAAAGACCAAUCAGAGACGAGACGAGAUGUGGACAACUUGGAGAACACCGAUGGGAGCGGACCAGAAGAGUCGCCGACCAAAACUGCUAGCUAGAACUAAAACAGACUUUUUUUUUACAAACACAUGCUUAUCUCUAGACAUUUUAUAAACUCAUUUAAAGUUUGAGUUCCUGCCGGAAACGGCUCAUGUUUCAGAAAUGUUUGGAGAACAUUGUUGCAAGCGUCAUUAUUAUUGUUCAUGUUGUAUUUAUAGUUACGGUGAUCCUUUUCCUUGAAUCUGGUGCUGAUUCUCUGUGCCACAACCCAACGGUGAUCAUGCCUGGAUGGCAGCCCUUGUACCCCAACAUUAGCUCCAGUAGCAGCACAUACACAGGGGUGACCGUCUACGCUAGUGGUUCUCAGCUCGUUUGCUUCAAGACGCAGGGCCUUUGUCAAACCGAAAAAAAGAGAAAAUUUAUUUUGCCAUCCUACACUUUUAGAAAAUAAUAAUAAGAUAAAUAAUAAUAAUAAUAAAUAUAUAUAUUAGCAAAACUUGUAGAUGUAGGACAGAUUGUCACUGGGGCAGCGCAUUGGAAAGAAGGAGAAACAUGUUUUUAGGAGUAACAUGUGAAUGGUCCCUAAGGGUAAAUAUGUGACUCUGGACCACAAAACCAUUCUUACACGUCAAUCGUUCAUAAUUGAGAUUUAUAGCUUUCCAUUGAUGUGUGGUUUGUCUGGGAUGCAACUAUUUGAAAAUCUGGAAUCUGACGGAGCAAAAACAUCUAAAUAUUGAGAAAAUCCUCUUUAAAGUUGUUCAAAUUAAGUUCUUAGCAAUGCAUAUUACUAAUCAAAAAUUACGUUUUGAUAGAAUUACGGUAGGAGACUUACAAAAUAUACUUGCUUAAUAUAGAAAUUAUUUUUGGCAUAAUAGAAAAAUCGAUCAUUUUGACCCACACAAUGUAUUUUUGGUUAUUGCUACAAAUAUACCUCUUUCAGACUGCUUUUGUGCUCCACGGUCACAUAUUGCUACACUUAAGACACAAAUAUGCUCCUUUUUAGGGUUGGAUUAGGCACAACGUUGUAACUUAAAGGGUAAGUUCACCUAAAAAUGAAAAUUAGUCUGUUUUACUAGCCCUCGAAGCAUCCUAGGUGUGCAUGACUUUCUUCUUAUAUUAAAAAUUGUCCUUACCCCUCCAAGCCUUUCAAUGGGUGUAAGCAGGUGUUUGUUGUCAACAGUUCAGAAGAUGUGAAAUAAAGUGCGUGCAUCCGUUAUAAAAAGAGACACAGCUCCAGGGCAUGAAUAAAGGCCUCCUGUAGCAGAUCCAUGCAUUUUCGUAAGAAAAAUAUCGUAAUAAACACUUUUUUUCUCACUUCUGCUGACCGUCAUGUCCAUAAUCUUGUCCGAGCACACAUGUGAUCCUGUUUUAAUUUAUUUACCACGACCCACUGGCUGAGAACCACUGCUCAUUCAUCAUUCAGUCCCACUGAACCUGGAGAAUUGUGUCUUUGUUAACCUCAGGGCACUGUGUGUGUGUGUGUGUGUGUGUGUGUGUGUAUGCGGGACUUUGGUGACACCCUAUAAUUCAAUGAUCAUGUCUACUGAACACACAUCAAACCUUCUUUACAACAGCUGUCUAUCAUGUCAGCCAACAAUUAAUAAAUGCAUUUAAUAGAUGUAGAA